GGAUAAAUGAAAGAGGAGGGUCCAAUUAACAAUCCCGGUUCACUAUCAAAGCAGGCCAAGCUAAACCAAACCCAAUCCGCACGGAACCUGUUUCGGUUCAUUGAAAGACGGUUCAUCACGCUUCUGCUUCUUCUCUUCCCCUAUUCUAUCUUUUUUUUCCAUUUCACUAUUCAUUAUUUUGACAACUCCAACAAUUAAAUUAUUUAUUUAUUUAUUUUUUUCUAUCAAUUAAAAAAAAUGAAAAGUCUAGGGUAGAGAAAUUCAAUGUUAUGCAUGAAAUGAAAUGAUGAUGAAGCGCAUAAUCGGUGAUUCGUCUUCAAUUCCAUUUUUCGAUUCUUUUUCUCAAAGGUUAUUUUGUUGAAUUGUUUUUGGGAUGGCAACAUUGUGAAACAAGCAGCAUAAGAAGAAGAAGAAGAAGAAGAAGAUAUAGAAAACCAUAUGAAGAGGUAAUUCAAUGGGUGGUUCUCUUCUCACUUGUUGUCUCUCAAUGGAGAAUCAUCACCACCCUUCAACGCUUUUGUCAAUGGAUUCAAGUGGAUGUUCUCAUGAUGAGCUUGAUUUAGAGAUGAAUAGACAGGUUAUACUUUCGCGUCCGCCCGAUAUCAAUUUACCCCUUUCGGUGCCGCAGCCGUGGAAUUCUGAUCCUUGUGAUAUUUUGGAUGUUGGUCUUGGUACUCAAGGUGGUUAUGAGACUGAGAGUUUGCUUAACCUUCCGAAAGCAGUGAAGAAAUGCUCGAGGCGUGUUGAUAGCAUUUGGGGUGCUUGGUUUUUCUUUAGGUUUUAUUUUAAGCCGGUGUUGCUUGAGAAGUCCAAGGUUAAAGUUACUAGGGAUGACAACAAUGGUGUUUCAGGGUUUGAUAAAACGGAUCUGAAUAAUGAUGUUUUUAUAGUUCAGCAUGAUUUGGAAAACAUGUACAUGUGGGUUUUCAAGGAGAGGCCGGAGAAUGCUUUGGGGAAGAUGCAGCUGAGGAGUUACAUGAACGGACAUUCUCGCCAAGGGGAACGUCCGUUUCCUUUCAGUGUUGACAAGGGUUUUGUUCGAUCUCAUAGGAUGCAAAGGAAGCAUUAUAGGGGACUUUCAAAUCCUCAGUGUCUGCAUGGUAUUGAACUUGUUUCGUCGCCUAAUCUUUCAAGUCUUGACAGGGAUGAGCAGAAGAAGUGGAUGGAACUCACUGGCCGAGAUUUGAAUUUCAUAAUCCCGGCCGAAGCAAGCGACUUCGGCUCAUGGAGGAAUCUUCCCAACACAGAUUUUGAGCUUGAGAGACCACCUCCUCCAAUCAAGAGUGCUCCAAUUCCUCACUCAAAGAAGCUCCUCAAUGAAUCUGGGCUGAAUUUGUCCACUCAUAUGCCUAACGGUGAUGCGGCUGACUUGUCCCCUAUCAGUAGCAAGAAAAGGAAGGACUUUUUCCUUAAUGGGAAUGAUGAAGAAUGUUACUUGGCUGUUAAUCCUCCAUCUGAUAGGAUUCCGGAUUUGGAAAUGCACCCUAGUGAACAACACUGGUUGAAUGAGUUUAGCGGGGUGAUGAAGAAUGUCUGUGGACCUGCUACAGCUGCAAAAACAAUUUAUGAGGAUGAGCAAGGUUACUUGAUCAUUAUUAGUUUGCCUUUUGUGGAUCUUCCUAGUGUCAAAGUUACUUGGAGGAAUACUCUCACUCAUGGUAUCAUAAAGGUUUCUUGUGUCAGUACAUCACGAAAGCCAUUUAUCAAGAGAAAUGAUAGGACAUUCAAGCUCACAGAUCCAUCCUCAGAGCACUGCCCUCCUGGAGAAUUUGUUCGCGAAAUCCCUCUUUUAACUCGUAUUCCUGAAGAUGCCAAUAUUGAAGCGUACUAUGAUGGACCAGGAUCAGUGCUUGAGAUCAUGGUGCCUAAACUUCGUCCUGGAUCUGAAGAGCAUGAAGUCCGUGUCUGCCUUCGUCCUAAUCUUGGUGGCAACCUGGAUGGCAAUGAUCUCAUGUUGACUUGAAUUAGGCACUUAUUAAAACUAUUGGGGGUAUGGAAAUCAUUUUUUUUUUACUAACAUUGUGCCAUACAGUGUAUUUUAUAGUACAAAUGUGUAUUUCGUAAUUGCUUCUAUCAAUUUUUUUCUCACUAAUUGUGUUGGUUUUUUGGCUCUAGUAUAUUAGCUUUCGAUUGUAAUCGUUGCUACUAAUUGACCACUAUUUUAUCAUGGCACUGACAGUUAUGGGAUUCAUUUUAUGUCACACAAAACUGUGUUCAUUGAAAUGAUUCCCUCAUUAGAUUCAGGAUUUUUUUCUCUCUCUC